CAGGAAGUGUCCUUGUGUCAUAUAACUGUCAAGUUCAGACCGACCAGCGAACUCUAUAAACCCGGUGCCAUAAGGUCCAUUACCCCAAACACAAAAAAAGCAAUACUGCGCCUAUUCAUUUGUAGCCGUUUGUCCGGCUAUCUGCGCACAUCCCUGCUCCACUGUAGAGCAAGUCAUCUACCCUUGAGUUACCGGAAAUACUGCGCAGAGGACACUGGUGUCAGGAUGGCCGCAUACAAGCUGGUUCUGAUCCGCCAUGGAGAGAGCGUCUGGAAUCAGGAGAACCGCUUUUGCGGAUGGUUCGACGCAGACCUCAGUGAAACCGGGGUACAUGAAGCCAAGCGAGGAGGAGAGGCUUUGAAAGAUGCGGGCUAUGAGUUUGACGUGUGCUACACCUCUGUGCUGAAGCGGGCCAUCCGGACGCUGUGGCAUGUCCUGGACGGCAUCGACCAGAUGUGGCUGCCAGUCCACCGGACCUGGCGCCUCAAUGAGCGCCACUACGGCGGUCUUACCGGGCUCAACAAGGCCGAGACGGCGGCCAAGCACGGAGAGGCCCAGGUCAAGAUCUGGAGGCGCUCCUUUGACACCCCGCCCCCACCCAUGGACGAGGGCCACGACUUCUAUAGCAAAAUCAGCCAGGAUCGUCGCUACGGUGAUCUGACGGAGGACCAGCUCCCCACCUGUGAGAGCCUCAAGGACACCAUCGCUCGCGCUCUGCCCUUCUGGAACGAAGAGAUCGUCCCCCAGAUCAAGGAGGGCAAGAGGGUUCUGAUCGCCGCCCAUGGCAACAGUCUCCGAGGGAUCGUCAAGCAUCUUGAGGGUAUGUCAGAGGAAGCCAUAAUGGAGCUCAACCUGCCCACCGGCAUCCCCAUCCUGUAUGAGCUGGACAAAAACCUGAAGCCUGUGGGGCCCAUGCAGUUCCUGGGAGACGACGAGACCGUCAGGAAGGCCAUGGAGGCGGUCGCCGCUCAGGGCAAAGCCAAGAAGUAGAGCCAGUACCUCCUAUUGGGCUGCUGGAAGGAUCUGUACCGCGCAACAGAUCCGUCAUUUGCUUAGAGCUAUCCAACGACACCAAGGUUAUUUAUGUAACGUCGUAUAAAAAUACAAUAUAUUCAACCCACACCACGCCGGAACCUCAAUGAGAAUUUCCGUCUCCCUUUCUAUCUCUCUCUUUCUUUCUCCUGCUCACUCUUUUCUCUUUCUUAGUAGGAAUUACAUACAGUAUAUCUGUUGUUCUCCUCAGCUCAUGCAUUCUAACUUGUGGAGUAUUGAAACACCGUGUGUAUAAGACGAUGAGCAUUGCUAGCACAUUGAACACCGACCAAAAGAACGAGGGACCAAUCAACGGGAGCAAACAUAACGACAUGUCCUUGCUGUUGUGAAAAGUAAUUCGUAAAUAAUGAAAUUAGUAGUCUAACACUGAAGGAAUAGUACAUGCUUUGUCCUUUUAAAAAGGUAAAUCUUCAUCCUUUGGAUCCUACUAUGCGGUCUCUGUAGUAAAAAGCCCAGUUUUAAUUGAACGACUAAUAUUGUGAAGGCACCCUUAUUGCACUAAGUUUAAUGGGAACAUGAAUGCAAUUGUAUCCAUUGUUGAAAAUAUGUUGCUCUGCACUACACACAAACUGCUGAUUUUUGUUUUCUGCUGUGUGUGAUAUGGAAUAAACGUCAUGUGAUACAUUA